ACACCCGCUUGCUCAGAUUCACCCUCCCGCUGUUUGUCAGUGGCAGCUGUAGGAGGAGAGCUUUGGAUCCACAACCGGUUCCGAAUCCCAGCGCAGCCGAGGGGCGGCGGCGAGUGUCUGCGAGGCAAAGAGCGCGCGCACUGGCGGUGGUGCUGGGAGGAGAGCGGGAGAAGAAGGCUCCCAGCGGACAACUCCUGAGAGCGAGCCGCUCGGUGGCUCUUCCCACGAGGAAGGUGCCUACCUCUGGCCACAGUCUGCCCAACUCGGGAGAAGCGCCUGGAAAGCUGAAACUUGUUUCUUGGUAUCUUUCCCCAAAAAGAUGGGGAGGAAGUGGAGGAGUCCCAGUGAGGCGGAGAAGGGCUGCUCGGACAAGGAAGAACUUGGCAGGCGAAGGAGCAGAAGUGCCAGUCGAGGGAGAUUUGCGGAGUCGUGGAAGAGGUUAAGUUCCAGGCAAGGCUCCACCAAGCGCUCUGGACUCUCCUCGCAGCAGCCUGCGGCUCAGAAGUCCUGGAUAGAAAGAGUAUUUUACAAAAGGGAAUGCGUUCAUAUCAUACCAAGCACCAAAGACCCCCAUAGGUGUUGCUGUGGACGCCUGAUAGGCCAACAUGUGGGACUUACUCCAAGUAUCUCCAUUAUUCAGAAUGAGAAAAAUGAAAGUCGGCUUGCUCGAAAUGAGUCAGCCCAGUCAGAGAAAUGGUCAAUCAGCAAGCACACUCAGCUCAGCCCAACGGAUGCCUUUGGAACCAUUGAGUUCCAAGGAGGAGGUCACUCAAAUAAAGCCAUGUAUGUGCGGGUGUCUUUUGACACAAAGCCUGAUCUUCUUUUGCACUUGAUGACCAAGGAAUGGCAGCUUGAACUGCCCAAGCUUCUCAUUUCUGUGCACGGAGGUCUCCAGAAUUUUGAACUACAGCCAAAGCUCAAGCAAGUGUUUGGGAAAGGCCUCAUUAAAGCGGCAAUGACAACUGGAGCAUGGAUAUUUACGGGAGGAGUAAACACAGGAGUAAUUCGGCAUGUUGGUGAUGCACUGAAAGAUCAUGCGUCAAAAUCGAGAGGAAAGAUCUGCACUAUUGGAAUAGCUCCUUGGGGAAUUGUCGAAAAUCAGGAGGAUCUGAUUGGCAAGGAUGUGGUCCGACCAUAUCAAACAAUGUCCAAUCCAAUGAGUAAACUGACAGUACUCAACAGUAUGCACUCUCAUUUUAUUCUGGCUGAUAAUGGGACUACAGGCAAAUAUGGUGCAGAAGUGAAACUUCGCAGACAGUUGGAAAAGCACAUCUCGCUUCAGAAGAUAAAUACAAGGAUUGGGCAAGGGGUUCCAGUGGUGGCUCUCAUUGUGGAAGGAGGACCCAAUGUAAUCUCCAUUGUCCUGGAAUAUCUACGUGAUACUCCCCCAGUUCCAGUUGUAGUAUGUGAUGGCAGUGGCCGGGCAUCUGACAUCCUUGCAUUUGGUCACAAGUACUCAGAAGAAGGAGGACUUAUCAAUGAAUCCCUGAGGGACCAAUUGCUUGUUACAAUCCAGAAGACUUUCACCUACACUCGGACCCAGGCCCAGCAUCUCUUCAUAAUCCUCAUGGAGUGCAUGAAAAAAAAGGAACUGAUUACAGUGUUUCGCAUGGGAUCAGAAGGACAUCAGGACAUUGAUCUAGCUAUAUUGACAGCUUUGCUGAAAGGAGCUAAUGCCUCUGCUCCAGAUCAACUGAGUCUAGCAUUAGCCUGGAACAGAGUAGACAUCGCUCGCAGCCAGAUUUUUAUCUAUGGGCAACAGUGGCCGGUGGGAUCCCUUGAACAAGCAAUGCUGGAUGCCCUGGUGUUGGACAGAGUGGAUUUUGUGAAAUUACUCAUAGAGAAUGGAGUAAGCAUGCACCGUUUUCUCACCAUCUCCAGACUAGAGGAAUUGUACAAUACGAGACACGGCCCAUCCAACACGUUGUAUCAUCUCGUCAGAGAUGUCAAAAAGCGUGAAUAUCCAGGUUUCGGUUGGAUCUAUUUUAAGGGCAACCUACCUCCAGAUUAUAGAAUAAGUCUAAUUGAUAUUGGUCUGGUGAUUGAGUACCUGAUGGGAGGAGCUUAUCGCUGUAAUUACACUCGAAAACGCUUCCGGACCCUCUAUCACAACUUGUUUGGCCCCAAGAGACCCAAAGCCCUAAAACUUUUGGGAAUGGAGGAUGAUGUCCCAAUGCGGAGGGGAAGAAAGACAACCAAGAAACGAGAGGAGGAAGUAGAUAUUGACUUAGAUGAUCCUGAAAUUAACCAUUUCCCUUUCCCGUUCCAUGAGUUGAUGGUCUGGGCUGUGCUGAUGAAGCGCCAAAAGAUGGCCCUCUUCUUCUGGCAACAUGGAGAGGAAGCUAUGGCUAAGGCUUUAGUGGCCUGUAAGCUCUGCAAAGCCAUGGCCCAUGAAGCAUCAGAGAAUGAUAUGGUGGAUGACAUAUCUCAGGAGCUGAAUCACAACUCCAGGGAUUUUGGCCAGCUGGCAGUGGAGCUGCUGGACCAAUCCUACAAGCAGGAUGAGCAGCUGGCAAUGAAACUGCUGACCUAUGAGCUGAAGAACUGGAGCAACGCCACGUGCCUGCAACUCGCAGUGGCAGCAAAGCAUCGAGAUUUCAUUGCUCACACUUGUAGCCAAAUGCUGCUCACCGACAUGUGGAUGGGCAGGCUUCGGAUGCGUAAAAACUCAAGUCUAAAGGUAAUUCUAGGAAUUCUACUUCCUCCUUCAAUUCUCAGCUUGGAGUUCAAGAACAAAGAUGACAUGCCUUACAUGUCUCAGGCUCAAGAGAUCCAUCAGAUUCAAGAGAAGGAGCCAGAGGAACCAGAAAAACCAGUUAAAGAAAAAGAGGAGGAGGACAUGGAACUCACAGCGAUCAGCAAGAGCUGCCCCCAAGAUCUUGUCUGCGGGCAAGCGGAAGGCUCUGCCUACAAGACCCAAAAUUCAGGGAAGCAGAAGACCCUAGGCACAAGAUCUACCCACAGGACCCUUAUGCAGGCAAUGUUGGGACGUGGCAAUGGAGAGUCAUCACGAAAGAAGGAGGAGGAGGAAGUUCACAGUAGACACAGACUGAUUCCCUUUGGACGCAAGAUCUAUGAGUUCUACAAUGCACCAAUUGUUAAAUUUUGGUUCUACACUAUGGCAUACAUUGGUUACCUGAUGCUUUUCAACUAUAUUGUGUUGGUGAAGAUGGAUCGCUGGCCUUCCACACAGGAAUGGAUAGUUAUCUCAUAUAUUUUCACAAUGGGCGUAGAGAAGAUGAGAGAGAUAUUAAUGUCAGAACCUGGGAAGUUGCUGCAGAAGGUAAAAGUGUGGCUUCAGGAGUACUGGAAUGUUACAGAUCUCAUUGCCAUUCUCCUGUUCUCUGUGGGGAUGGUACUUCGACUCCAGGAUCUGCCACUCAGGAGCGAUGGCCGUGUCAUAUACUGUGUCAACAUCAUUUACUGGUAUAUCCGUUUGCUAGACAUCUUCGGGGUGAACAAGUAUUUGGGGCCAUAUGUAAUGAUGAUUGGGAAAAUGAUGAUAGACAUGAUGUAUUUUGUCAUUAUUAUGUUGGUGAUUCUGAUGAGCUUUGGUGUUGCAAGGCAAGCAAUACUCUUCCCCAAUGAAGAGCCUUCAUGGAAACUGGCAAAGAACAUUUUUUACAUGCCAUAUUGGAUGAUCUAUGGGGAAGUGUUUGCAGAUCAGAUAGACCCUCCUUGUGGUCAAAAUGAAACCAGAGAGGAUGGUAAAAUAAUCCAGCUGCCUCCCUGCAAAACAGGAGCAUGGAUCGUUCCUGCCAUCAUGGCUUGUUACCUCUUGGUUGCAAACAUUCUUCUGGUGAACUUGCUCAUUGCUGUUUUUAACAACACGUUUUUUGAAGUUAAGUCUAUAUCUAACCAAGUAUGGAAGUUUCAGAGGUAUCAGCUUAUUAUGACAUUCCAUGAAAGACCAGUCUUGCCCCCUCCACUAAUCAUCUUCAGUCACAUGACUAUGAUAUUUCAACACAUAUGCUGUAGAUGGCGGAAACAUGAAAGUGACCCAGAUGAGGCAGAUUAUGGGCUGAAACUUUUUAUAACAGAUGAUGAACUAAAGAAAGUUCAUGAUUUUGAAGAACAAUGCAUAGAAGAAUAUUUCAGAGAGAAAGAUGAUAGAUUCAAUUCUUCCAAUGAUGAAAGAAUCCGUGUCACCUCUGAAAGGGUAGAGAAUAUGGCCAUGAGACUGGAGGAAGUGAAUGAACGAGAGCACUGCAUGAAGGCUUCACUUCAGACCGUGGAUAUCCGGCUUGCGCAGUUGGAAGACAUGAUAGGACGCAUGGCUACAUCAUUAGAUAAGCUGACUGGCGUGGACAGAGGAGAGGCCACUAAGAUACGUUCUCGUACAUCCUCUGACUGUACUGACACAGCCUAUAUUGUCCGACAGAGCAGCUUCAACAGCCAGGAAGGGAACACUUACAAACUUCAAGAGAGUAUAGAUCCUGCAGGGGAAGAGUCAAUGUCACCAACCUCUCCAACAGUAACGCCCCGCUUGCGAAGUCACUCCUUCUAUGCAGUGAAUAUGAAGGACAAGUGUGGGUUGGAGAAGUUUGAAAGCAUUUUCAAAGAAAGGUCUCUAAGCCUCCAUCGUGCUAGUAGCUCUCACUCUGUCUCAAAAGAGCAAAAAAUGCCUUUAGUGCCUACAAGCACUCUGUCAAUUGCUCCAGACUCCAGAAGGCCUUCCUCUUGCAUAGACAUUUAUGUCUCUGCCAUGGAUGAGUUGCAGUCUGGAAUAGAACCUCUUGACAGCUCAGUGAACAUCCUUGGGACUGGAGACCCGGCUCUCCAAGCUCAGAUAGCUUCCAGUGUUCUCUCAAGUAGCGCCUAUGUAAGCGGUACUCCUGGUGACCGCAUUUCAGGCAGGAGUAUUGAUUAUGAAGAUCCCUCUUCGAUGGAAACCCGAGUUUUUUCUUCAGACUAUUCACAAAUCACAGACAGCCAAAACCCCUGGGAUUCUGAUCCUCCCUUGCACCAUACAUUAGAGCGAUCGAAAAGCAGUCGAUACCUGGCUACAACCUCAUUUAUUUUGGAGGAGGCACCUAUUGUCAAAUCUCACAGUUUCAUGUUCUCUCCAUCGCGGAGCUACUUCAGCAGCCUUGGAGUGCCAGUCAAAACAGCAGAGUACACGAGCAUUACAGACUGCAUAGACACCAGGUGUGUCAGUGCUCCUCAGACCAUUUCAGAAAGGUCCAGCUUCCCUGGAAUACACGGAGACAAGAUUGAUGACUUGGGAUGCUGCUACCCGGAGAGGGAAGCAGAACUAAGUCACCCAAGCUCUGAUAAUGAGGAAACUGAAGCCAAAGACAAAAAAGGGGGUUCCUUGUCUCCUCAAGAUAGCAAUACAUCUAGAACACUGUCCAACAAUAUACCGCUUCCAAAAAUCGAGCGGGCCAACAGUUACUCUGCAGAUGAAUCCAAUUUGUUGUAUGCGCACACACGGAAAAGCUACUCCAUCAGCGAUAAACUUGACAGACAGCGCAAUGCAACAAGUCUCCGAAAUACAUUCCAAAGGAGCAAGUCAUCCAAACCAGAGAACAGGGGGGACACCUUGUCAAUGAGAAGACUCUCAAGAACAGGCGCCUUCCAUAGCUUUGAGAGCAAGCACAGUUAGAUACAACACACGCAUAACAAGAAUAAAUGUCUGAGAAGGACCUGCUCUCCUUUUCCUUAGCAGAAUGAAGUAACCUCAGAUCAUGAUAUGUCAGCAACAGCUGGCAUCUGCCACCAGUCAAGUUAGCACUUUGGUAAUCUCAGUAUCAAGCGCUGAGGUUCUAUAUCUUGAUCUAGUUGGCAUUUGCACUUAAUGGGGGUGGGAGGGUGGGGAGGAAAAAUUGUAAAGAUGUUGUUUUUUACAACCUUUAUGACAUCAUGCAUAAAUGGGUGAAUAGUUUAAGAAAACUGCCUUUCAGAACAGGAGUAUGUGGGCUUUAAAAGAGACACAAAAUAACAUGCUUAUAAAGAGGGUAUUUUAAUUUUGAUUCUGUUGACUUUUACACCAGUACCAUCUUUGUGAUGGCUGGUGAUGGGCAUCUUUGUAUUACUCUAAAGGAACAGAAAGCAAAGCAGUCUUUCCACACCCCUCUACUUCUGCCUGAUCAUUGUAGAAAAACAAAUUAACAGCCACACGAUGCACCUGUCUUCUUCUUCUUAUUAUUAUUAUUAUUAUUGUGCCACAAAUGUUUAUAUUUUCAAGAAGGGAAAAAAAGAAAUGCCUUUUGUAUAGCAGCAUGAGGGAAAGGGAAGAAUUUGUGUACUAGAUAAAUUGUCACAUGAUUUCCUGUAUUAAACAGGUGUUUUAGCACAGUUGAGCAAGCUCAGGAUGAAUGUAAUCAAGUGGAAUAGUAAAUCUUUAUUUUUUUAAGUCACAUGAGUCAUCAGUUUAGAAAAUAUUUAAUGGCGCCUUCUUAAAAUGCUAUGCUGAGAUGGUUAAAAACAGGGCAGGACUGACAUGUUUCCACUGUUCUGUGCAACAUUCCAUUUCAUACCUAUUUCUGUGUAUUGCAUUCAUUGUGGCUUUUUUGUCACUGCCAUAUUGUUCUAAUUGUCCUGCCAUUGUUUCAUAUAAAAGCAUGUUUGUAACCAAACAUUUCAAAAUGUACAGUAUGUAUGGAUGUGUAUCCUGUAGUCUGAUCUUGGAUGAGCACAGAACUGGAGAUGUUGAAUGAUGUUCUUCUCUGACAAAAACAAAGGCUUUUAGGGACUAGUUAAAGCACCAAAGUGAAAUUAAGAGUUCUGAUAACCGCAAAAGCCAUUCUUUAAAUAUGCUUCCAUUGUACAGAAAGGCAAAGAGCAAGACAAUAUUUAUUCUAUAAAAUGUAUAUGCCACCUUUCUGUGAAUGGUGGUGCCCUGUCCUGCCCUGCCUCUGGAAUGCAAGAGCGGCCACUACCUCCUCCCCACUUCCAGCAAGCCUCCCCUCCAGCGCCUUGCAGGUUGCAAGGGUUCAAUGGGAUCCAUACUGUCAGUAAUGAAAGCGUAAUACAGCAAAUGGGUCACAGUGCCCUACAGAAGAAGAAAACCUCAAUCAUGAAACACUUUUAGGAAAAUAAUUUCAUGAUUACUUAGGCAUAUACUGGCUACCAUAUCUAUGAGUCUCCUUUGCUGCUUAUAAUAGACAGGUGAGGCUUUAAAAGAUGCUUUGAGGCAAUUGCUCCAACAGGCACGGACUUAAUUCCUUUGGGCAGUUUUAACAAUCUCAGUCUAAAUGUUCAUGUGUAAGCACUCUCCCAGAGGAUUAGGCACCAUGGAGUAAUAAGCACAAUGCUUUGAAGAUAGGUGCAUGGCUCUACUUACCCUGACAUUAGGUGAAGGUGAAGGGACGAGCAAUUUCAACACAUUUUCAUGCUGAUUUAAAAUAUAAUAUGUAUUGCAGUUUCUCCCACUCACUAGAGCUCCCAUCUAUCAUCAGUCCCUUCAUUAAUCCAGCUCUCUAUCAACUAAGCUGAUAGUUUAGUCAUAUUUCUGUCAUGUCUGAGUACAUGGCAGAGCUCAUAGAAUGUGCUGUGCUGAUUGCGAAAGCCAAUGGAACAAAGCAGUUUUCUUCAUUAACCUGCUUCAAAUGUGCUAACUUUACCUCAGUCUAUGUGGCUAGCUACUUGUUUCACAAACAUGCAAAUCAGAGCCCUGAUGUUUUUGUUUGAUUUUAAGAGAAGCAGUUUUUGGGAAGGUCAAUUGAGAGCAGAGAAAUCGUGGUGAAGGUGGGCACUUAACCCAUUUCUUGUGUGCUGUUUCUCCACUCCACACUGCCUACAAAGUACCUUCCCCACCCCGGAUUUCAAAUGUAUGUUUGCUGUGGCCAGAUGUUUUUUAAAACCAACCAACCAACCAACCAACCAACCAACCAACCAACCAACCAAGAAUGGCAUCCUUCAUCUAGGAUUUGUAUUAAGGAUUUCUCUCUCUGAUGCUUUUCAGUUUGUCAAUGGAGGCUCCUUAUUUGGGACAGAGGGGGUGUAGCCCCUCUCCUUGCCAGUCCCCCAUUCUCUCACCAAACAUAUCAUCUAUUCCUCUUUGUCUUUCCCUCUAUAUGUCUCUUGUUUGAAUGUUGCUCUUGGAUUUCUGCUGCUUGCCAGUAGAUGGCUUUGGCUCUUGGGGUUUUCUUUCUAAAUUUCUUUGUAAAGCCAUUUCCUCUCUCUUAGGGUGUUCAGUGGGAUUUUAUACAGUGUUCAGUGGGACUGAUACAGGACGUUUCUCAGAAAUGUUUAUAUUGUGAAAAAAGCAAAAAUAAGACUUGCUUUUAAAAAAAGUACUGUAUGUGCAUAUUUGUGAGAACAAAGAAAACUAGUGGGCUCUAUGUGUGGCCAAAUACAUUGUGAUAUUUUCAAGUGGUGUGAAAUGUGUGUAUGUAGGUGCUACCUGCCAAUAGGUGCUCAAGAGUCCAAACCCCCCUUCCCCUGCUUAAGUUGAGCUUCUUAGCCUAGUCCUGCAUGGGGUGAGGAGAAGAGGCCUGAGAUUGCAAGGAGGGGGAGAAAUGAAGGCCAUGCUGAUGGAAGAAAGGAUGGAGCUACUGAGGGGAAGGAGAGGCAGGAGGACUUAAGAGUGAGAGAGCAUCACUCCUUUCCACACCAACACCUAAAAUUAACCACUCUAAGGGCAGGAUUCCUUUAAUCACAGCCAACCAAGAGGUGAAUUUAGCACUAAAUCAGCAGUAAAUAGACGGCUGCCAAGUUCUGGGAACGAUGGAGAUUUUGAUUGAGACAAGUAAACAACUUUACAGAUGGAGAAAACCAUGGGCUGGUUCUUUCUAACUUAGGGUUGGGCCUGCCUACUAUAUCCCCAGCUACUAUUAUCCCCACCUGUCUCCCUCCCCUCCCCUCUGCCAUCCAGCCCCAAAGAGGCAAAAGCCACCACUACAAUUUGUAAUACCACUUCUAAGGUUACUUUCAUACUCAGCAUAGCCAUUUCAGGUUAAAACAGCCAGAGGCUAGGACAGAGUUGGCCGACCUGAGGUCCCCUACUACAGUUCCCCUAAACCCUGGUCAUCGAACAAUAUGGCUGGGGAUGAUGGGAGUUGUAAUCUGACAGUAGCUGUAGAGCUUCAAGUGUGCCAUUCUUGGACUAGAACCUCACAUGUAAAGUGCUCCUGAACAGUACAGCUCACUGAGAGCGUUAUGAUAGUGUUUGGAUGAUAUCUGUUGAACUAGGUUUAUUUUGGAUUGGACAGAAUGCUAAUGCUAUGCUAUCUCAACUCUUCUGUGGGCUUAGCCAGCCUAGAAUGGGAUGAGAGCUAUAAAUGCACUUCAUGAAUUAUCUCAAAGUGCAGCACAAUUCAAUUUUAACCUGAGCUACUGUAACCUGAAUGAAUAUGUUGAGCUCAUAAGACCCACUUAAAUCACUUUUUGAAUUCUUCUGUUUUUCUGCAUUGACAUGACUCUGACCUAAAUUAAACCUACCUAGGUGAUAAUGUUAUUGUGGUCUUGCAGUACUAUCUUUAUGUGUUACCAGGUUGUCAAGACUUAUCCCCAGUUUAGCUGUAAACUAACUAGUGCUACCAUUUCCAGUCCACUUACUAGGGUGGAGGAGACCAAAUCCAGCAAGAGGGCUGAUGAUGUCCAUAAUUACUAGGGCAAAAAUGGCAGCAACUAGUAAUGCCUCUUCUUAAGGACCACUUCAGCAUUGCUUCAACCUGCUUGUUUAGAACCUAUUCUGAAAUAGAUAUUUAUACUGCACAGGAGCAGUUGUCAUUUAUGAAUGGCAUGUAUGUGUAUCAAUGGUGGUGCACAUGUUGCCCAGCAUAACACAGGUAUUGUUGACCCACCCGUGCUAAUGCAGGCUCCUAGUGCUGAUGGUGUCACAUUUUUGUGCACGAGUACAGACCCUUCAAGUAGCAUGCUCACUUAGCAAUGUGUUUCAAUUCACUAGUGCUUCCAGAAAUGGGGAUGCGCUACUUGAAGUAUCUACACUCUUCUACAAAAAUGCAGCACUGUUGGUGCUUUGCUAGGACCCCACAGCAGUGCAGGCAGAGCAGUAGUACCGCCCAUAUUAUGCUGCACAGCAUGUGGGCCAGUGUCUUUUGUUGUCAAAAUAUAUGUAGUAAAUUCAUAAACCACCAAGAAUGUUCACAUAAACAUGUUCUGAUAGAAAACAUUUUUUAAUGGCCAUACGUGUGUAUCUAUUCAUAGGAACAAGAAAGCAGAUCGUUUGAAUUAAGCCGAAUCAAUUUGACUAGGAAAUGAUCAAGUUUAAAAUGGCUCUUUCCUAUCUUAUACACAGCAUCAACCAUAUUCAUACAUUUUCAAAACACCACCAUUCCAUUCUUCAUGCCACUUGCACAAGAUCCUUUUGGCUCUCUGGAUUACCACACCCUCAUCACACAUACAUAUAUCUCAACCAACAAGGCUGCCAUGAACAUUCUAUCAUUCACGUCAUCUCCGUUGCUGAAUAAGUACAAUAUGCAAGGGUCCUGAUAGAUCAUUCAGAAUUCAUUAAAGUUAGGAUGCUCCCCAUCCAUAGGCUUUAUAUAGAUUUGGAACAUCCCCCUUUAUUAAACUUGAACUCCAGAAUCAGUCAUCUUGGAUGUGUUCAAAUCCAUGCUUUCAAACAAUUCUACAGCAGUAAGAUCAGCAGUAAAGUACUCCUCUUCUGCACUGUCUGCAGUACCAACAAGGUAGAGGUAAACAGAAGUGAGGUAUUUUACUGCUGGAACAGAAUCCUGCUUCUUGCGAAUAUGGGUGCAAAUGUACCCAUACUUUCUCCUCUUUUGAAAAGAUGUAAUUUUGUAGAUAGAAUACACAAAAGAUGUAUUGAAACAAACUCUGUGAUCACAAACCACAAUUUUCUAAAACCUUAGAAAAUUCUAAAUUUCUAAAACAUGGUGCCUCUUAUAUUGGCUGCUGCAAAUGCUUCCUGUACCUCAAUUUUUGGGAGUCUUUUAGGAGUUACACCCCAUGUUGAGUAUUCAGUGCAAUUUGCUGUAUUUGCUUCUAAAGUGGAGAGAAGAAACCAUGCACUCUUUCAUUUUAUAAUCACAGCUUGUUAUGUUAGACUGUUCAGAUUCGUUUAUCCAAAUGGCUGAGGGUGGAGAAAGAUUAUAAAUGUCUGGAUAAACACUAAUCAAACACACAGGGGGCGGGGGACACAAUGACAUGAGAUUAAAAUGGGAGACCACCACCAAAUUUGGAUAACUCAAUACUUCAGAUAAUGGGGCGGGGCACUCUUUUUUUGUACUGAUUGCUAUAUUAUAAAAUGUUCUGUCCCAUGUAUAAUCCAAUAUGGUGGUGACAUGUGAUCAUAUUAGUGAACGUUAUAGAACAGCAUUUGAUUUUGCACUAUAUGGUCAUAUGUUUGUUAGCCUGCAACAUUCAAUAAUACAGCACUUGUUACACUGAACAACAGGCUCAGCUAGCCACAUUGCCAGCAUAUAUAUACUAAAAUAAUAUGCAGUUAUUGGGCGAGGAGUCACAAUCUGUAGCUGCUGUGUGUAUGUUUCACUUUCUCCUGUAUAGUUCCACUGUCAAUGUCUAUGAGCUGAUGUAUAAUCCUCUAAUGAGCCACUGUGAGCUGUGAUUGGUACGUUGUGAUCGUGUGGAAGAACAAACUGGCAUGUUAUGCAAAAGAUAAGAAAAUUAACUCUAAAGUAAUAUUUUAAAACUCAGAUGAGUUAGCUGUUUGUUUACAUAUGCUGGACAAUUAAGGAAGCAGUGUACAGUAUUUUUAAAAUAUUUUCAUAUUGUGAUCCAUUCUGUUGUUUCCAGUUUAAGUGAUGCUAUUCUAUAGUUGGGUAUACACUUGUCCUAGAUAUUGAAUUAUAGCACAUUAUUCUUUCACAAUAAUAGCGUGAUAAUGACUGAAAUGGUGUCUUCUUCCUUAAAUUUCAGUCUUAUUUUGUGCUGAUGAAAAUGCAUGCAUUGUUCCAUUGAUUCCUUUGGACUAUUAGGGGAUUUAACAUUUCAAUAUUGCCUGCCUGUAACAAUGAAUCCAGUUAGAAUGAAUUAACAAUUUUGGGCUUCUCCAUUAUUUUCCAAUAUGUUUGUUUAAAUGAAAUUGAUUUUUAACUGCACUUUAAUAUUAUAUGAAAUGAAGUAUUGAACAGUGUAGGUCUUGAACUUGCAGCAUUUUGGAUAACUCUGUAUUUUGGAAAUCUACUUCAUUACUAGUUUUAGCAUAGGUCUGUUAUCAAGUAGCAGCAAGGUACAAAUGACUAAACUGUAACAAUUAUCAGUUAAAUAAUAAUAAUAAAACCCAUAAAUCCACAUAAAUUAACUGAAGACUCCAAAAAGUAACUUUUCAUUAUGUGGGUUGGUUGUUUUUUUUGGUUGGUUUUUUUUUGAAGUUUGGGGGAAGAUGUAUGUCUGUGUAUAGGAUGUGUGCUGCUUUCUCAGGGUUUAGGUAGCUUGGAGACAAAAUUGUUGAAGGAGAAGGCAAGCAACUAUUUUGGACUUUGCAAUUGCCCAGCUCUUGAUAGAUGUGGGAAUGAAACUGUUUCAACUUUGUAAGCAAGUUUUCAUACAGUAAAGUGAGUGCUUGCAUAACACAGAGCCUUACAACCUGAGCCUAACAUUUGCUGCACCAACAAAACUGGACACUGAGGUUACAGAAGCCAGUCAUUGGUGUUGCAGGGAGCAGAUGUGCCGAUGGAAAUGCUUAGGAUGGGACUUUUGAACUAGCUGCUACUUUAGGGGAAGCCCGCUUAUAUUAGAAAAACCUUUCUGGAAGAAGAAAGGUUACCUGCAGUUGGAAGAGAGAGUGACCAGUCUUUUAAAAACAUACAUAGAAUAAAAGAAUCUCAGAUCUGGAAGGGCCCUUUCAAGUCUUCUAGUCCAGCCACUUGUUCAGAUCAGGGAACUGCUACAGCUUCACUCACACAUGGUGUUUCUUCAGAUUAAAUAUUGGUGAUUUGACCAGCUGAACUGACCCCAAUGAGAAGAAAUAAAAAUAUUAUUAUAAACUACUGGCAAGCUUUUGAACAAACAAAAUAGCUUUGUUCCAUAUUCUCAGGUUGCUGCUCUUAGCGAAUUCAAGAAUCAGGAAGAGAAAAUUACACACGCCUUCUUGGAUUUCAGCAGUAUCAGGGUUUGUAUGGGAGUUGAAGUGUAUGUUUAUUACCCACCUAGCUUUAAAAAAAAGACCCAACAUAUUUGCAUGGAAAUCCCCAUUUGAGAGAGAGAAAACUUGUGCAUUUAGAUUAAUGUUAUAAGAAGACAGCAAGAUUUAGUUCCUUUAUAAAUAUCCACAUGGGGGCAUUUUUCUGGUCAUAAGGUUGUUAAAUGUCUCAAUGGACUCAAAAUUUCAAAGCACUGCAAUGGAAAGACACUCCAAAUAAAUAAUCCAUAGCUGCAACAUGUAUCUUAUUCUAUUUUUUAAAGCAUGCUUUUUUCUGACAACCCUAGUUUUAUAUCUCAGGUGGAGCCAUGUAGAGUAAAAUGAAAGGAAAUAUGACAUGCAGAUUUAAUCAAUCUCUACUCUGCAUUAUAAACCAUGACACCCUCUCCAAAUCCAGAUGAAUAUGACAAGCAUGGUCAUAUUAAAGCCUGCUGUUAUGACAUUGUUUUGCUUUGCAUAUAGCCAUUAGGGCAUGCUGAAAGUGGACGCCAUCUUUUCCUUUCUUUGCCCGGAGUAGUCUUGUCCAUUGAUAAAUUUGAUGUGAGUCCAUUGCCUUUAAUGGACGUAUGCCCUGAUCCAGAGUUCUGUAUGUGUGAGUGGAGGAUCAGCUAUCUCCCAUAAAAUGCACAGGGGAAGUAUUCUGAACAGGGAAGUCUUCAUGCUCAUCCAGAGUUCCUGCACUUGAAGCAGGUUUCCGAUGCUGAGCAGUAAUCUAGAUGUGCCUCAGUAGAGCUGCAAACACUUUCAAGCCCUGACUGUCCAGCUCUACACUGCCUUUCUUGUUUGAGGAUGAUAGCUAGGUGAACUGAAUCAACAGAGACAGUGCCUGGAACUGUCUUUUGGAACAGACCAGGCUUGUUCCUCUGAGAUCAUCAUAAGAUACCUAGUUAUCCCCCAUCCUUCUGUUUUAAAUGGAAGUCUUUCCAGUACUUCAACCAGCAGGAAUUAGACACAUUAUUCUUUAUCCUUUAAAAGGCUUGUCUAUGGAACUUGGACGACCAUUGACUGCAAAAUGAGAACAUUUUAUUAGUUUAGAGGACAACAACAUUAAUUGAAAUAUUGUAGGCACAUGUCUCAUGAGUUGUAUGAAAGGGAUAUUUUUUAUUUUUGACCACUGCAGGGGAGUUUCUAUGCUGCUAUUGCUGUCUGGAACAGUGUUUGCAAUCUACCCUAACAGAGAAUAUAUUAGCAGGAUUAUCAUUUGACAAAUAUUAUACAAAAAUAGUUUAUUAAAAAAUGACAAUGCAAUUUUUAAAUGGUUUCCUAGAAGGUUUUAUUUGUUUGACCAUGAAAUAUAUAUAUAUAUGUAGGAGAAUGGUCCUUUUAAAGUUCUACUGGAUUCACAAUGCACUUUUAGGGUGUAUAUUUAGAUAUGUAAUAAAAAGCAGAGGUUGGCAGUUGCUGCAGUAGGACUUUUGAAAUUUCUGUAACAAAUGUUUUGCAAUAAAAAGGGAUGUAGUUCAAAACA